AUGCUCUGGGCGCAGGCCUUGGCGCUGUGCUUGCACGUGGGCCUCGGGCAGCAGGUCGAGGUCGAUGCCUUGCGCGUGCACUUCACGGAGCAAGCGCUCGUGCUUGAGGUCCGGAGCCAGGCUAGACAAGUGGCGGAAGGCUCCAGCUUUUCGAACCUUUCAGGGCCGCUGUCUGUCCUUCGGCUCUUGGAGUCCCAGCUGGCUGACCUAAAGGGUCGAGACACCAUCGUCGAGCUCAAUGCCACGCAAAACCUCACAGAGAUUCGAGCUGAGGCUGUUCAGCUCGAGUGCGCUGCAGACCACUUGCUGGCGGAUCUGUCCAAGGUGCUCGAAGCUUCCGAGCGGCUGGCCCUGGCAGAGAACAGGACCAUGGCCUUGGGGGACGCAGUGAGGCAGUCCAGAAGCGAGGGCAGUGCACAUGCAGGCGGUGCUCACAGCUGUGGCGAACGUCACCGUCUGCGCCGGCGCUUGCAACAACUGCACGAGGAGGCUCGCAGCAUGGCCGAGGAGAAAGAAGACAUGGAAAGGCUCCUCGACACGAUGCACGUGCAUGUCUCCAGGAUCCGGGAGGAGGCCGUGCAAGGCCGGCGUGCGCUGAAUGCCACGCGGGCGCUUGAGGCUCUGGCUAGCAAGGAUGUUCUGGAGAAGGAGCAUGGCUACCAGAAGGCGUUGGAAGAGCUCACGCAUCUUAACGAAGUGGUGCAUGCAACGAGGCGCCGGGAGCGCCGGCAGUCAGACAACGGUGGGCCAGGUACCCCGAGAAACAGGUCCGAGCCCGACGGCUCUGCAAAGGCAUCUCGAGACAACGCGAGAGACGCGGCAGAGCGGGCGCAGGUGGUUGAGACUCCGCGACCCCCGAAUGAGACAGACUCCGGCGUGGAGAAACUGAUACAAGUGCAUCUCUUGCGGGCGCACAAGCCUGAGGCUUCCACCGGCUUUAGCCCUGACAUCUCCGAUGAGAGCUUCCACAAGGGUCGGCAAGAUGCUAGAAAGACUCCUUGUCACAAGCAUAGAAGCUCACUGCCCGGUCAUGUAGAUGGCUUUCCGGCAGAACCGGAUCUCGGCAGUACGCCGGAAGUGAGUGCAGAGCCUUCAACCAGUCCGACAACCACGACCUCUUUCAGCACCUCGACCAGCAUGACACAAGCAUCCACUACCCACAAAAAGCUGCCAGCAUCAAUGCCCCGGCAAGAGGACAGCGCCGAGCCCGAAGAAGACCUUUCCAACCGGGCUGUUCCUGGAAAGCCUGAUCCGGCGAUCGAUGCUGCCGCAGAAAGCAUUCACCCAGAGGACGCGCCUUCGAGAACACUGCCACCCACCACAAGCUUGCCAAAGCCACCACGAAUUCACGAGGAGACAUGGCCAAUCCAGUACGAGGACGGCGAGUGGGGCACGAAACGAGGCCCCCCUCUUGUGGCCUCCACCACAGGACCAUCCUCUCCCAACUGGUACGAGGAGGCUGACUGGGGGGAGCUCUGGCCCGAGCAGGAGCGGCUUGCUCGGCAGCUCCCCGACCUCUACCGGCGAUGGGAGGCGGCCCAAAACCACACUCGCGGCAUGCUUAAGGCAUGCCUGGUAGCGGAAGACGCUGAGCGCCAACUGCGCGCAGCCGUGGACUAUCACUUGAAGGCCAUACAACUGGUCUCGGCGCAUUUCAACGCCACGAAGGCGAAGCUGUUGAGACUCCGGGGGCGAGCGCGGAUCGCCCGUGAUGCACUGGAGCGGCUGCCUCGAUGCCGCCGUGCCGGCAAGAGGAGGCACGAGGAUCUCGAGACGAAGCUUAAGGAGGCCACUCGCCACCUCGAGAGUCUGCGAGCGCAGGUAAAGGCCCUUGAACGGGCCGUGGCGCCCUCCUGGAAGCAGCUUCAGGCCGGCUUGGCAAACCUCCGAGCCCUUAGCCAAGCGCAUCGUCAGGGCCCAGGCCCAGGCUUCCCGAAUGCUGGCGAGAGGAGUGCUUGA